CUCCUCGAAACAAAAACAAGCAGAGAGCGCGGUCACAUGCGGCGCGUGCAGCAGCGGCACUGCAGGAACCUGAAGGCUUGAGAAGCGCUCCAGGAGCAGACUCCAGUCUCUGCUUCUCGGCCACAUGGUUCUUCUUCGGCACAUCUCCAUCGCCCUGACCGCCGCCGUGGCUGCGCUGGGCUCCGCGCUCUUCAUCGCCCUAAACUACUUCUACAAGAGGCGCGUCUGGUCCCCACAGGCGGCAUACUGCACCAUCACAGAGGAGGAGGAGGAGCAGGAGAAGCGGCAAGUUCUGGUUCUGGGCCUGGAUGGAGCCGGAAAGAGCAGCAUGCUGCAGGGUUUGAACCCUGGGGAGUCCGCAGCUAAAAGGGGCCGGUGCCGGCCCACCCGCGGCUUCAACUUCAUGAGCCUGGACGCCAAUAGUUGUCAGCUUGGCUUUCUGGAGAUUGGCGGCGGUGAGGACCUGCGGCGGUACUGGUCCGACUACCUGAGACGGACUCACAUCCUGGUGUUCGUGGUGGACUCGUCUGACAGGAGCCGCCUCCCACUGGCGAAGGCCGAACUGCACCGCCUCCUGCGGUUGCAGCCACAGUUGCCCGUCGUUGUUUUGGGCAACAAGCAGGACAAGCAUGACGCCCUGAGUGUUGCAGAGCUCCAUGACGCCUUGUCUCUGGACGCUUUGACUGACGAUAGGAAACUUUUCCUACUCGCUGCCCAGCUGGACGCCGAGGGAGACAAGAGGAGGUCCCGUCAGGGUCUGGACACCGUCCAGGACCUCAUCCUGCAGCUCGUCUGAUCUCACAUCCCUCUGCAACCGGAGGCGAAAGGAGAACUAAACCAAAAGUAGAGUUUAAGAACACGGUUCUCAGUUCUCCUGUUUUUGUUGGAGCUCUGGGCUCGUUUCAGGCAGUAGAGGUGAUGAGCUGCAGGAAAAGACAUCAGAAUCCACUGCUAUGGGGUGGGUAUACCAACAGGGGAAGAGGAGGAACACAGUAGGAGGAAGCUUUGAUACAAUCAGGUCAAAAUGUCCUAGCUUCACGGAGGAGUCGUUUUUUUAAAUCUUGCAUAUUUGAACACAUUUGCACAUUUUUAGCUGCUUCUUCUUUUUGAUUUAUUUAUGCAGAAUGAGAUAAAAGUGAGGAGAAAAUGUAGUUUUCAGACUCAUCAGCUUAAGCAGCCUGUAAACUAAAUGACAAGUUCUAUGAGAUCAUUCCCUUGGGGGAUAAUUACCAACUUCUGUAUUGGUGUUUUAUUUAUGGAGAUUCAAAGUGGAGCCCAGUGACAUUUAUUCUUUGUCAUUUUACAGCACAGCCCUGCAGCAGCUGUAAAAAAUAUGGUUCACUUUACAUUAUUUAAAAGGAUUUUCAGGCUUAUAAAACGUGCUCUGCAGGAACAGAGGAAUCUAAUAUUCAACCAGAGGCUGCAAAAAGAAGUUUAAUAUGAACAGGAGUUAUGAAAGAACUCAAGUGCAGAACUCCUGUGAAGCUGUUAAAAGUCUUAAACACUGCAGCUCACAAGUUUCAUGUUUAUACUGGGACUCCAUGCAGCACUGAAGGUUCUGUUCUGAAUGGACUUCAAGGACAAACUGGCAGAAAUCCCAAACUAUGGCUGCAAGGACGUAAAAAUGUUAACUUGGUCCUUCACACAUAGUUGGUUUUGGUCUUUUCUGUUGAUUUUAAGUGGCUUUUUUAAAAAAGAUUCUAUAAUAUUCUGAACUUGGUGGUUUUUCAACAUCCAGAAACAGAUAUGAUUAAAACUAAGUAAAAAAAAAAGAUAAAAUUAAAUAAGUUUGAUCCAAAUAAGGUCAAAAUGUAGAUUUCAAAUUCAACUAACUACUACUAAUUGAAAAAUAGUAGUAGUUAGUUGGAUGUCCAUUUCAGCAAAUGUUGGAUUUUUAAACCGAGAUCUUGUUGAAAUGCUCAAAAUAUUUUUAUUUUACUCUAAUUUAAUCAUGUUCCUUUAAAGGUUUCUGUCGCCACUUGUUCUACCAACACAAAUACCAAAAUCUAAAGACAUUUAAAUAAUUUUACACUAAAUAAAUCACUUUAUUAACCUAAUACAUUUGCAGGUUUUCAAUCAUUUCUUCAACAAAUUGCUGAGAUUAUCCUUUUACACCCCAUUCAGUAAACCAAAUUAUUCAGGUUGAAUUUAUGGGUCAGGUGGGGGUGUAUUCUCAGCCUCACAUCUAAAAUGUCAUUUAUAAAAUAGAUAGGUUUCUGUUUUAGUGUUCAUGAUGUUUUCUCUUCCUAAAUGUUGUGCUGGUUACAUGUUUUUGUUUAAAUAAACUUGACUAUAUUCCAGUCUGAAAUGAAACUGAUCAAUCUUCCCUCCAUAUGCAGAAUAUUAACAGAAGUCAUUUAAAUAAAGUGAAAUGGUUUGAA